AUGGAAGAGGGGAAUAGAUCAUACGCUAAUUCAACGAAGGACGACGAUGAGUAUGAGGUUGUGUUAAGUGACGGAUGCAUUAGGCGGAGGCGAAAAUGGACGAGACCCAAGGAACAGUUGCCGAAGGGGUUUCUCCCCGAAGAAAAUGUGUCUUUGGCCGAUGCAUUGGCAAGGAUUGAUCAUUCUCAUCUUGCCGCUUUCCUCGCAGUUGCACCAGGACCAGCACCGGAACGUCCUCCGGGAACUCAAGUUCUCGACUUGGUAGAUUACUUUGGGAGUGCUCUCUCCGGAGUAUCAUCUGUGGAAUAUCAAUAUCCAUGGCCCAACAUGAACAAUCUGAGGGAUGUCAUCGAUCUUCCGUUUCGUCAUGUUCCUGAACCUCUCUACAAAACAGUAGAAGAUUGGAUCGAAAAAGUUGAAGAAAAAUCCGUCAGUAAAUUUAUAAUCUGGUCGUUUUCUUGGACUCGCAAUCGUUUGGCAGGAAUAUAUACUGAGCCCAACUCUGAACUUGGAGUAUUUGUUGCAUUAUCAAUAAUUUUGCGGAGCAGUCCUCGUGUAUUGUCUCCUGUAUUACCCGUUCUGAGGCAGCAACAUUAUCAUUUAGAGCGCUCACCGGAAAUGCUUCAGUUUACUGUUUGGAUGAUGGCUCAGGUCGCCCAAGUUGAUUUAUGGUCAGGCUUGCAUUCAUGGGCGAGUAACUUGUUACCGCUAGUUCCUGACAAGUUAAAAGACAACCCUCGGUCAAUAAAUCUCAUCUUGCAGCUGAUUGAGCAUGUUUGUACGGAGCCAGGGGCUCUGGAGAUAAUUGGAAUGGAGGAAAUGAUACAAAUCACUCCGCUUAUCUUCGCUUCUUCUUUGAAAUUUGCUGCGGAAGAAGGAAACGCUGUUUUAGCCAAGGAAGCUACAUCAAUCGCUAUUCGGUGUCUGACCAAGAACGUUGAUUGCUGCAAUCACUGGGACAAAGUCUACAUGGAUAAUCUGGAAGCUAGUGUUGCUCUUCUUGAAAACCUUGUAGACGAAUGGAAGGAUCAUUCCCCUAAACUAUCAUCAUCACCCAGAGAUAUUCGCAUUCUCAAUCUAACUAUGAAGAACUUUGUGCUAAAGAACGAAAGAGGCCUCGCUGGAGGAGGAGGAGGAGGAGGAGGAGCCAGUACUUUUCUUUACGAAGAAGCUGACAAGUACUGCAAAGAGAUUUCGAGGAGACUAUCCCGUGGAAUUGGCUUCCUCAAAGGUUGUGGAGCCAUGAUUCUAGUUGCUGUAGUAAGUACUGCUUCAGUGGUUCUAUCUUCCAGCCGGCAGGACUAA